AUGAAAAAUACUCCUGAGAACGUGAGCAAUGCACCACCGGCAAAAACCAGACACUGGCCGGGAGACUUAUCUGCGAAAUCGUUGAACACCACGAUCGAGCAGGACAUCACUGCAGUUGUGAAGAACACGAAGUGGAUGGGCACCACUGUGGUAGCGUUUGCUAUUUUCAAGCACGAAUUGAGCAGCGUCUUGGUGAUUGGGUUGAACUCCACCACAAGCGAAAGCAGUUUGGUGGAGAUGGCUGUGUAUGUGCCGAAAAUGGCCACGAGGGACAGAUGCCAGAAUCAUGAGAACCACCCCGGCAGCACUCAGAAACGUUCCGGCAAGAUCUCGAGCACGGAUGGUUUCGUGGAACAGCACAGGAGCGAUGAAGGUGGAGUUGGAGAUGAUGGUGACAACUCCCAGAGGCGCCACGAUACUCACGGGGGUGAGUCCGUAGCUGACAAAGUUGCCUACUUCUCCGAGGGUCAUUAG